CUCUGGCUUUUUUUUUCAUGGGCGGUUCUGUGCUGCUUUGAUCUACGGGUUUUGGGUCCAUUUUUGAGGACAUUCUGUCUAUUGGGCAUCUGGGUAGUUUUUGUUUUGCUACAAAACUGAGCCCUAUGGGCGGGUCGACGGUGAUUUAAUGUUUAUCUUCUGGUGAUAAUAUCUGUAGUAGCUUGUUUUAGGGUUUGAAUUGAAUGGCUCGGUUGGUUCUGCCGUACAAAGGCUCGGGUUUGGCGAAGACAGGUCUGUUGGGGUUGAUCGCUUCUGCUCCUCUUCAAGAUACCAGUCGUGUUAGUUCACUUGGGCGUACAGUGAAGAACAUAUCUAGAUACAGGCAAUUUCUUAGUUCAGAGGUUGCACGUGCAAGGGAUUUGCGGUUCCCAUAUCCUUCCCUCUUUAGGGCAAGACAAAUCAACAGAAGGCCAAUUUGUUCAGUUGCAACAGAAACCUCACCAAUUCAAGUUGAAGAAUUGAAAAUGGAGGCUCCAAAGGAGAUCUUCCUUGAGGAUUACAAGCUGCCCGAUUACUACUUUGAUACGGUUGACCUGAAUUUUUGGCUGGGCGAGGAAAAAACUAUUGUCUCUUCAAAAAUUGUUGUCUUCCCCAGGGUUGAAGGCACUUCUUUUCCACUGGUCCUAGACGGGCAAGAACUUAAGCUAAUUUCUGUUAAGGUCAAUGGCAAGGAACUGAAGAAGGGAGAUUUCAACUUGAAUUCGCGCCAUCUGACACUUCAAUCACCACCUAGUGGUACAUUUACAUUGGAAAUUGUUAAUGAGACAUAUCCACAAAACAACACAUCUUUAGAGGGGCUUUACAAGUCAUCUGGGAAUUUCUGCACACAAUGUGAAGCAGAGGGUUUCAGAAAGAUUACAUUUUAUCAGGAUCGCCCAGAUAUCAUGGCUAAAUACACAUGCCGCAUUGAAGGUGAUAAGUCAUUGUACCCAGUAUUAUUGUCUAAUGGGAAUCUUAUACAGCAAGGAGAACUUGAGGGUGGUAGGCAUUUUGCCUUAUGGGAGGAUCCCUUUAAGAAACCUUGCUACCUGUUUGCCUUGGUAGCUGGACAGUUGGAGAGCCGAGAUGACACAUUUAUUACCCGCUCAGGCCGGAAGGUGUCCCUUAGGAUUUGGACCCCAUCACAGGAUGUACCUAAAACAGCGCAUGCCAUGUAUUCUCUUAAGGCGGCUAUGAAAUGGGAUGAAGAUGUUUUUGGACUUGAAUACGACCUAGAUCUCUUCAAUAUUGUAGCUGUUCCAGAUUUUAACAUGGGAGCCAUGGAAAACAAGAGUUUGAAUAUUUUCAAUUCCAAGCUUGUGUUGGCAUCUCCGGAAACAGCCACUGAUGCAGAUUAUGCUGCAAUUUUGGGAGUUAUUGGCCAUGAGUAUUUCCAUAACUGGACUGGCAACAGAGUGACAUGUCGCGACUGGUUUCAGCUUAGUUUGAAGGAAGGUCUCACAGUUUUUCGUGAUCAGGAAUUUUCUUCAGACAUGGGAAGCCGUACAGUGAAGCGGAUUGCUGAUGUUUCAAAGCUUCGCAAUUAUCAGUUCCCACAGGAUGCUGGUCCCAUGGCUCAUCCUGUUCGGCCACAUUCUUACAUCAAGAUGGAUAACUUCUAUACAGUGACGGUGUACGAAAAGGGAGCUGAAGUCGUUAGGAUGUACAAAACCUUACUGGGGAGUUCAGGAUUUCGGAAAGGCAUGGAUCUUUACUUUAAGAGGCAUGAUGGGCAAGCUGUAACUUGUGAAGAUUUCUUUGCAGCUAUGCGAGAUGCUAAUGAUGCAGAUUUUGCUAAUUUCUUGCUUUGGUACUCCCAGGCUGGGACACCUCGUGUAAAGGUUACCUCAUCUUACAAUGCCGAAGCUCAUACUUAUUCCCUGAAGUUUAGUCAAACAGUGCCACCAACGCCAGGGCAGCCAGUGAAAGAACCUAUGUUCAUUCCUGUGGCGGUCGGGUUAUUGGACCCCAGUGGCAAGGACAUAUCUCUCUCAUCUGUAUAUCAUGAUGGGGUUUUGCAGCCCCUUGCAAGCAAUAAUGAUAAGCAAGUCCACACUGCAGUUCUUCGGCUAACAAAGAAAGAAGAAGAAUUUGUGUUCUCUGACAUAUCUGAGCGGCCAAUUCCAUCACUUUUGCGGGGAUACAGUGCUCCUUUACGUCUGGACUCUGAUCUCAGCGAUAGUGAUCUAUUUUUCCUUCUUGCUCAUGAUUCGGAUGAGUUUAACCGUUGGGAAGCUGGACAGGUACUGGCGAGGAAGUUGAUGCUUGGCUUGGUUUCUGAUUUUCAACAAAACAAACAACUGGUUCUUAAACCAGAGUUUGUGCAUGGACUCAAAAGCAUACUUUGUGACUCAAGCUUGGACAAAGAAUUUGUUGCCAAGGCAAUUACUCUGCCUGGUGAAGGGGAGAUCAUGGACAUGAUGGAAGUUGCAGAUCCAGAUGCUGUUCAUGCAGUUCGAUCUUUCAUCAGGAAGCAGCUUGCUUGUGAACUCAAAGCAGAGUUUCUUAGCACGGUUGAAAACAACAGGAGCUCAGAGCAAUAUGUGUUUAACCAUCCAAAUAUGGCCAGACGUGCUCUGAAAAAUAUUGCGCUUGCAUAUCUUGUGGCACUUGAAGACCCGGAACUCACUGAGCUUGCACUGCAUGAAUAUAAUACUGCAACUAAUAUGACAGAACAAUUUGCUGCUCUGGCGGCACUUGCCCAGAACCCUGGUAAAACCCGUGAUGAUGUCCUGGCCGACUUCUAUAACAAGUGGCAGGAUGACUUUUUGGUUGUAAAUAUGUGGUUUGCUCUUCAAGCUACAUCGGACAUUCCGGGUAAUGUUGAGAAUGUGCGGAACCUCUUAAAGCAUCCUGCAUUUGACUUGCGUAAUCCAAACAAGGUUUACUCACUAAUAGGAGGAUUUUGUGGAUCUCCCGUGAAUUUACAUGCAAAAGAUGGAUCAGGCUACAAAUUCUUGGGAGAAAUUGUGGUGCAACUAGACAAACUAAAUCCUCAGGUGGCCUCUCGGAUGGUGUCAGCCUUCUCUAGAUGGAGGCGUUAUGAUGAAAAACGGCAAGGCCUUGCAAAGGCACAGCUGGAGAUGAUUAUGUCUGCCAAUGGACUGUCAGAGAACGUGUUUGAGAUUGCCUCAAAAAGCUUAAAUGCUUAAAAGGUUAGGGGAGUGGUAGGGGGAGAAACUGCUUUAAUUGUGUUCAGAAUUAUAGUCAUGGAGAAUAAUAAUGUAUGAACUGGCAUGUGCUACGCUAAUCCGAUCAGUUCAUCGAUGGUUGGCAACUAUGAUGGUUGUAAUGAUUAUUUUGUGUGUAUAAAAAACCUCACGAAUUGACUUGGGUUACAGGUGUGGUUCUGGCUGUAUUGACCGCACCUUUUGGUGUAACUGAGAGGAAAAAUAGUCAUCACGAUGCAGUGCAUUUAAGCUAUGAUAUUUUCAUGCUC